CAAACAGAAAGUUUGCUGUUUUGUCUGCUUAGUGAGUUUCAUUUCUUUAUUUUAUUUUGUGAAGUAACACCUUAGCUUCUGGGAUCCUAAAGCAAGAAGUGAAAGUACUGACUGGAACUUAAAAGUCGUUUACCAAAAAGCAAAAAUAUAUAUAUAUAUAUAUAUAUGUGUGUGUGUGUGUGUGUAUAUAUAUAUAUUUUUUUUUUUUUUUUUAAAAAAGCUAGCCGGUCCUCUGGGAAGAAAAGCGUUCUCGAGAUGUGCAGGUUUAAAAUUAUUGACAACUUUCUGCGGGAGACUGAAGGGCAGGGAAGGUAGUGAAACGCAUUUAAAACAAUUCACCAUUGGUCGUUUUGCAUUAAAACGCCAAUUGCCGAGGCAGGCUGAGGGUCCGGGCUUGCCUCGGUUCCUAUCCUCCCCUCUCCGCUACAUCUCCCGGUAGAUCUGCCGCAGCGAUGGCACCGUUGCCCACUCCAGGAUCGGGAAUAACUGGCAAAUACUAAAGUUUCUAGCGCGUUUCUCAGCCUCUUCCUUCCUCAGCCACAUACAUCCACAUCCACAGAGCCAGCAAUUCACUCUGUCCAGGCGGAAUCCCAAGCAGGAGAGUAGCCUGCGUGCUGCUGAAUCAGGGAGUCGAGUCCAUGCGAACUGCCAUCUGAUCCACUCUUAUCAAUGAAGCAGCAGAUCAUGGCGGAUGGCCCCAGGUGUAAGAGGCGAAAACAAGCCAACCCCCGGAGGAAAAACGAGCUGCACAAUGCUUUUGCGUGGAAGUUUGGAGGUUUCUUUCCAGAGAAGUAUGUCUUUGGGAGGCGAGAUGUGGCUACGUCAGAAGAAGUAGUGAACUAUGAAAAUGUAGUGGAAACGGGUUCAGAAACAGAUGAGGAGGACAAGCUACACAUUGCUGAAGACGAGAGUGCUAUCAACACGCUGGACCAGGAAACGAGCCCAGCCAGCGUGCCCAACCAUGAGUCUUCCCCGCAUGUGAGCCAAGCAACGUUGCCCAGAGAGGAAGAGGAAGAUGAAAUGAGGGAAAGUGGAGUAGAUCACACCUGGCACAAUAACGAGAUCCUGCAAGCCUCUGUAGAUGGUCCAGAAGAAAUGAAGGAAGAUUAUGACACUAUGGGGCCUGAAGCCGCAAUUCAGACCGCUGGAAACAAUGGUACAGUGAAGAACGCAAAUUGCACGUCGGACUUUGAGGAAUAUUUUGCCAAAAGGAAACUGGAGGAAGGAGAUGGGCACGCAGUUAGCAUAGCGGAGUACCUGCAGCGCAGCGACACAGCCAUUAUUUACCCCGAAGCCCCUGAGGAACUGUCUCGCCUUGGCACUCCAGAGGCCAAUGGGCAAGAAGAAAAUGACCUGCCACCUGGAACUCCAGAUGCCUUCGCCCAACUGCUGACCUGCCCCUACUGCGACCGGGGCUACAAGCGCCUGACGUCCCUCAAGGAGCACAUCAAGUACCGCCACGAGAAGAACGAGGAGAACUUCUCGUGCCCUCUCUGUAACUACACGUUUGCCUACCGCACCCAGCUCGAGCGGCAUAUGGUGACACACAAGCCAGGGACAGAUCAGCACCAAAUGCUGACCCAAGGAGCAGGCAAUCGCAAGUUCAAAUGCACUGAGUGUGGCAAGGCCUUCAAAUAUAAACACCAUCUGAAGGAACACCUGCGAAUUCACAGUGGUGAAAAACCAUAUGAGUGUCCAAACUGCAAGAAACGUUUCUCCCAUUCUGGCUCCUACAGUUCGCACAUCAGCAGCAAGAAGUGUAUUGGUUUAAUCUCUGUAAAUGGCAGAAUGAGAAACAAUAUCAAGACGGGUUCUUCUCCUAAUUCUGUAUCUUCCUCUCCUACUAAUUCAGCCAUUACACAGCUGAGAAACAAGCUGGAGAAUGGCAAACCACUUAGUAUGUCUGAACAAACAGGCCUACUGAAAAUUAAAACAGAACCACUAGAUUUCAAUGAAUACAAGGUUCUUAUGGCCUCACAUGGGUUUAGUGCAACUAGUCCUUUUAUGAAUGGUGGACUUGGAGCAACCAGCCCCUUAGGAGUUCAUGCUUCUGCUCAAAGUCCGAUGCAGCACUUAGGUGUAGGGAUGGAAGCACCAUUGCUUGGGUUUCCUGCGGUAGGCAGUAAUUUAAGUGAGGUGCAGAAGGUCCUACAGAUUGUGGACAACACGGUUUCCAGGCAGAAAAUGGACUGCAAGGCUGAAGAGAUCUCCAAGUUGAAGGUUUACCACAUGAAGGAUUCAUGCUCUCAAGCCGAGGAACAAGGAGUUACCUCCCCCAAUAUUCCCCCUGUGGGUCUUCCAGUAGUAAGUCAUAAUGGUGCCACUAAAAGUAUUAUUGACUAUACAUUAGAGAAAGUCAAUGAAGCCAAAGCUUGCCUCCAGAGCUUAACCACAGACUCAAGGAGGCAGCUCAAUAACAUUAAAAAAGAGAAGCUGCGAACCCUAAUAGACCUGGUAACUGAAGACAAGAUGAUAGAGAACCAUAACGUAUCCACUCCAU